AUGUCCAGGCGAUCACCGGAGGAGCAUGAAUAUGCCCACUUUGCUAUAAUUUACAUAGAUAGGGAUGGGAAUCUUUGCCAAAGGGCCUCCGAGUCCAUUGCAGAGAGCCGUCAGACCAUCCUCUCUCCUAGGGUCACCAGUGAAUUCCUCAGAGCAGUGGCGAUGUCUCGCGAAGCCCACACACCAUCUCAAGUGUCCCCCGAGGUCCAAGUGCCAUCUAGCGGGGCGUCGCAGGAAUCCGUGGCAUACAGUGGAAUGAGCCUGGGCACUCAACAGAGAAUGCCACUGCUAACUCAACCAGAAUCUCCAUUUCGGUCGACAAUCUGGCCGCCAAGCGAGUCCUGGUCUUUUCAAGCCAACCCACAACUCAAGAAGAAUUUUAGAGGUCGGAAUCUGGACUUGGCUUCACAGCAAAGGGCCUCAAUCUCCGUAAAAGAUAAGGGUUUCUUGCGUCUAUACUAUGAGAAAAUUUUCCAAAACUUGCAACAAACAAACUGUCGAAUCAUCGCUAAAGCCUACAUCAAAUUAGUCGAACCACGCAAACAAGUGAAUUACCCAUACAAUGGACGGAAAAUCGUGGACGGAAAGACUCAGCAACUUGAUCCGGACGCAACUAAGCCACCGUGGUGGCCCCGUGGAGUGAGCCAUAGGGAACCGGAUCAUCUUCCAAAAGUUGAACGCAUUCGACUUUUGGUAUACAUUCUUUGUGAGAUGCGCAAGACCCACGGAAUCACAUCCGCCAGAUUAAAACAAUGCGACCAGCCCAUUCGUCGUCAAAUCCUCCCGGUCGAGCGUUUACAGAUCCUGGACGAGGCAUAUCGAGUUCGCGAGGAGGAGGAAAGAUUUCUCGAUGGGCUUUCAGAUGGAAAGCACGUGUCUAUAUCUCGCGCCAAUCUUCCUCAAACAGCAGAAGACACAUCCAGCGGACAAAGCUCGCCAACCGAACCAGCCUCUACCCAUAAUACCAUCGAGUCCGAGUGCAGCGACGGAAUAUCCAGCAACGACAUAACCCAAGUCACCUCAGGAGACCUCCCGAGCGCAUCAUCUUACAAUCUUCCCAAUCCUUACAACCCAGCAAUACACUUGGGCCCAAACAUCCAAUACCAUUCCGUCGGCCCUUCUACGAACACGUCAACACCCCCAUUGGAAUUGCGACCAAAACACGAACCACUAUCUGAUGGGACGCAUUCGAUUGAUCGGACACACCCCAUCGGCCUGGCAAACUAUCCAUACCCUGGCGUUUCUGGCAUUCAACCGUCACCAAUGGAGCUCUAUGGUACAUCUGAUUUGCCCCAGGAUGCAGGUGCUCCAAUCACGCAGAGCUCGACAGGAGCUUUGCCAACAGAGCCAAUGAUCCCAUACGGCCAUCCCUACUAUUUCAAUUACUGA